AUGGUGAUGCCUCGCGCGAAGACGACGCAAGCUAUGCCCCAGACGAUGAGAGCACCGCAGACGGGCCUGCGGAAGACAUCGACAAUGGGCAAGAGCCAUACCAUGAAUGUAGUAGUCAAACACUGCAUCCUCGCCAAGAAAGUAGUCCACAUCAUCCUGUCCGCUCGAAUUGCACCCUGGUCCAAGCCGGACUGGAGGGGUUGA